ACACUAAAUCCCACAGUUCCUUUCAGUGAAUAUGUCAAUCGGUCAAGUAGAAUAAAGAAGAAAGAAUAGAAAAGAAAGUGGUCGAAGUCAAUCUUCUAAAAUGGCAUUGAUAUAGAGUAUAGCUAGAAAAAUUACAGUAAAAAUUGAAGAAAAAACAAAAAAAAAGUAAAAUUACAUGAAAUAUAGUGACGAACAAAUUUUGGCUGCAGAACGGCACGAUAACAGACAAACGACCGACGGUUACAAAGGUGACAACAACGAUCCAAUCAAUGCAUCAUGACUAAUAACAACACCAACAACACUAUUCGCAGUAGCAAUGUUUACAGUUCUGCAAGGACGGAUGAUGAAAUGGCAAUGCUGAUAGAUCGUUCGAAUGCACUUGGAACGGAUGAUACGACGAUUAACAUCGAAAAUGACAUGGGCCCAAGUACGAGUCAACAACAGAGAUUGCACUUGCCGAUACGAAGAGAAAGUAAUCCUGCAACUCGUAUUAAUAUGGAUUUGAAUAAUAGUAGCAGUUCUCCGGUAGCUGGCGGAACUGGUGGCAUGGAUAAUACCCACAUUGAUGAAAGGCAACGCUUGCGUAACUUAUUCACUAUGCUACGCGAUGCAAGACAUCAAUUUCAUCGCCAACAUUCCUCCUCAUCCUCCACGGCAAUGGGAAGAGAUCCGCGCCUGCCCAUGGCUGUAAAUGAAUCACAAGCGCCACGAUCUUGGCGUGAAAAUUUAUACGAUGUACUGGCCUCUCCGGUCACACAGCGCACAGAUGUACUGCGCACCUUAUUUACGCCUUCAACUUCGGGUAAUUUCCGCUAUAAUACUUUGCCUACAAACGAUAACCCCACACCUGAAGAACAUUUUCAUUUUUUGCUAAAUUCAAAUUCCCUAGAUCAUGAUGUUCCACACAAUCAUCAGCAUCAACGAAAUAGUCAAGUAGAUUUGGGCAGCGGUGGUGGUGGUGGUGGCAGCGCUGGCGGAGUGGAAACUCAAACUAAUAGUACCUCAGGCUUAAGGCUGUCCAGACAAAGUUCACGUUUGGAGGAUAGAAGUGCCGCUGAUAGCACUACAUCCCCGACCAGUAGUACACCGACGCCGGUCACAGGAGAUCCCCUGGAAACGGCUGGUAGUCGUCGCCAAAGUAAUGUGCCUGCCACUGAUGCCGGUGGCUCAGGAAACAAUGGCCGCUUGCCUCAGAGGCAAGCCUCGUUAGCCGGCAGCAAUGCGCCCACAAUUGAUAUGGAUGAUCCCGAUACAAAUGCCAUGGGCGAAAUGAUUGUUAAAAUUGUUUCUCAUUUCGUCCGCUAUUUGCCUUUCAUUUGCAUAUUAUUGAUCAAAUUUGUACAUGAUCAUUUGUUGGGUAUUAUCGAUUUGGUGGUCUUGCAAGCGGUCAUGUUUCAGGUUAACAAAUCCUUGAAAGAGCAAGUUGCAAAAGUCAAUCAGAAAUCGUACGCUGUUCUCACACGCGAUACAAUUCUAGUGGUGUGUGUUGUAACAUACCGUUUUCUCUUGGCCCCCUCGACACCGGAUCCAUUUGGCCUGCUGAUCAAUCCGCCGGGAGAAAAGCUUACCUUGGAUUUGUCUUUCAGUUCGGAUGCAAGCCAUGCUAAAGCGGAUAAUAGUGGUGUUAUUGAUGUAACACUUGCACCAGGAAAACAUGAAAGUGUGAAUGUGUCCCUAGAUCCGACAUCGAAUCCCAUGGGGAAUGAUACAAUCUCUCUGGGAAAAUCCGUUUCGUUGGGUGUCUUGCUAUACUACAUCGCUGUGAAUGAUUUGGUGUUGAAAUUAUUGACACAAUUGGUGAAAAUAUUUGUCACAAUGUUGCCUACACGUGUAAUACGUCAUAAAUCGAGGGCCCGCUUAUAUGCUUCAAUAGAAUAUAUAUCGCAAUACUACAGAGCAUUGGUUCCAAUAAGACAAUGGAUAACGUAUUUAUUCGAAUCAUAUACAGGUUUGGAAAUUAUAUCCGGUAUACUACUUUCCUCAUUCUAUUUGGGUGCAAAAGGAUUUGAAUUUGUUGAACGUUGGAAAUCGUUGAAAAAGGCGAUAGUUAAUUUCAUACGCAAUAUGGAUUACGAUCGCAAGCCGACCAAAGAUGAACUGGAUGCUGCUGGUACUGUUUGUCCCAUUUGUCAUGAUGCCUAUACAACGCCCGUUGUAUUGGAGUGUAGUCAUAUUUUCUGUGAUGAUUGUGUUAAUACCUGGUUUAAACGUGAGCAGACGUGUCCCAUGUGUCGUGCUAAAGUUAGCGAAGAUCCAACUUGGCAGGAUGGAGCGACAACAUUUUUCUAUCAAAUGUUCUAAUUGACACCCUAAUCUUUCUAAGUCAAACCUCUUUUGUUUAUAUGCUCGUAUUCAACAAAAUAUAUAUUUAAUCUUAUUUUUCUAUAGUUAAACUUGGCAGAUGACCAGCAUUAUAAUAUAAAUAUAUAUGAAAAAGUAAUGUUUUUCUGUUGCGUUAUCAUUAGCAUAUUAUAUUUUAAAUAAAAUAAGAUCAUUCCUCUACUGCUAUGUACAUACAUAAUUAGUAUUUUAAAAUUAUAUACUAUUAUUAUUAUUACUAUUAUCAAAGAAAAU